AUUUCCCACAAUUGCUCUUUGAUGGACAUCUACGCUCAGUCGGUCGUUCCUUCAAUUCAAAAAGCGCGACUCGUGUUCAAUUCUAAAGAUCCUUUCGUACCAAGUUUUGUCCAAAACUCCUUGUUACCGUCGGUAAAUCCACAGGAAAUAUAUGCUAGCAGGAUACAUGGUAGGAGGAUACUUCUGGACAAUCCCAUAGGCAAAGGAGACAAGAAACCGAGAAAGAAAAAGAAGAAACCUACCGCAAAUUGUAGCAUUCCAAGGAUAAGUGGAUCUUGGUCUCUGGAUGCUCACCAGGCAAAGUUUGAUCUCUUCGUUCCAUUGCACCAGCUCUGGAUGGGAUACAUGUCCGAACUGCUGGCGCUCAAUAGUGCUGAACCCCCCUCAUCGGCUUCCGCCCACCCGAAACUACUCAAGGCCGAUUUCUCUGGGUCAUUCAUCUCAGUUCAAGCGAGUAAAAAUCCAUCCCUCGUCAGUAUGCAGGGAAUUGUUUUGCACGAGUCCGAAAAUACAUUUGUGAUUAUCACCAGAGAUAACAAGACGAAGGUCCUUCCAAAACAAAACACUAUAUUCACGCUGUGUGUUCCGGCUUAUUCGAUCUCCAACUCCCUUCCUUCAGCCGCCACUAUCGUGCUUGACAUUCCACAUUUGGCCUUUACGCUCUACGGAAACCAAUUCCGAUUUCGUGCUUCAGAUCGUGCUGGUAGAAAAUUCAAAAGUAAAGAGACAGUAGAGUUGUGAUCAUGAAGUGGUGUGUAAAUGCUCAAGACUGUAGAUAGAUGUACACUGUGGGGAAGAACACGUUUUGGCACCUCCAAAAUCCAUCCAUUAUCCGUAGAUUUUUACCAAAAAUUGACUGAUUUUGGGAUGUCGAAAAGUUUGUAUAUUUCUCAUAUAGCUGGCUAUAGAAUAUGAAGUUCAUAUUGUGCAGUUAUUCUGAAUUAUCUACCAAUAA